CUUCGCCGUCGAAGUCGACAUCCGUCGCUGCGCAUCCAAGCCUCGAAGACUCGCCGCCGGCACCAUGAUGAACUCGCCGUUUGGCGGCGCGCAUCAGGACGUCCUCGGCCAGAAGCCGUCGGACCCCGAGUCGAAGGCGUCGCUCGUCGCCGAGAUCAAGGACCGCGCGCGCAAGGCCUUCGCGCGCAAGGACAUGCCCGUCUGCGAGGCGCUCUACACGAAGGCCAUCGAGACGCUGCCCGACGCGCCCCUCUACAGCAAUCGGAGCGCCGUGCGGCUCACGCUGGGCAAGUUCGACGACGCGGCGAAGGACGCGUCGACGGCGACGGAGCUCGACGGCGCGUACGCCAAGGGCUGGUACCGCCUGGGCCAGGCCAAGGAGAAGACGGAGGACUUCGCCGGCGCGCUCAAGGCCUACGAGGCCGGCGCGAAGCUCGAGCCCGACAGCAAGGUCUGGCCCGCGUCCGUCGUAAAGUGCAAGGCCGCGCAGGAGAAGUUCAAGCUCAAGCCGAAGAAGAAGGUCGACGUCGCGCCGAAGAUCGAGGCCUUCGUCAAGCCCGCGCCCAUCGGCGACAAGACCAAGAGCGCCGCGCCGGCGGCCGGCGGCAAGUCCGACAUGCGCGGCUACAAGAUCGACAGCCAGGGCCGGAAGACGACGUUCUUCAACAACGAGCUCAGCGACGAGGCCAAGGCCCUGAUCGGCGACAUCGCGCCGAAGAAGGUCGAGGCGCCCGUGUCCAUGGCCACCAAGGCCGGCGAGUCGUCCUGGAACCAGGCCGGCACCUUCGAGUCCAAGGACCACACGAAGUGGGCCAAGGCGUGGCUCGAGGACAAGUUCGCGGACUUCAUGGUCGACCUCCCCGACCGCCAAGUCGGCGCCGUGUCCGUGCCCUGCUUCCUCACGGUCAAGAAGUUCUCCGACUUCAAGGGCGACGCGUCGACGGCCCAGGCCCGGGGGAAGAAGAAGUGGGUCUUCGACGCGUCGUUCAAACUCGACUGGGAGUUCGCGCUCGACGACAAGGGCUCCGUGGCCAAGGGCUCCGUCGCCUUCCCCGACGUCUCCGGCGACGUCAUCGACGAGGGCGACGCCCUCGAGUACGCCCUCGAGGUCGACUCCCUCACGCCCAACGACGCGUCCGCGCUCAUCACCUCGCACAUCAAGUCCGAGACCGCGGGCCUCCGACCCGCCGUCCGCGGCGUCGUCGCCGACCUCGUCGCCGAGUUCAGGGCGACGAAGUAGGCGCGCCGGGCGCACCGGCCCCGCCCGAACCGCGCGUCUAACGGCGGCCAGUUUAACCUC